CAUUGACCCAGCUCUCGAAAGUCUUCCUGUGGUUUACUGUGGAAUGCUGUAGGAAGAUUUAAAUGAAGAACGAAUAAGUACAAAGCAGUACCUGGAUUUCUGUAUCAUUGCAUAUUAAACAUAUUAUAGUUGAAGAAGCAUCAAACAAUGUUAAUAUGAUAAUAUCGACGGGUUUUGUUAAGAUACAUCUUGUCUAAUUUCAAUGCAAUAAUGUUACAUACAUCAAACAAUGAUACAGAAUUUCAUGAUAUAAUAAAAGGCCCUUUGUUUGCUAAUAGGCCACGAGUAGGCCUUGUGUAAAUCACAAGUCGAUGAAUUUCGCAUAGUAACAUAUUUUUAUUUGUUAAUGCUCAACUUAGAUUUACAAAGGCUCAAUCUUUUCGUUUUAAAAUUUCAUUUUUGAUUGUCUGCUGUUUUUAAUUCGAGAAUAACUUGAUAUCAGCCAUUGCGUUAGACUUAGGCCAAAUCACGAGUCAUGGAACCCUUCUCAAAUUGUUCUUGCUAUUGAGAAUUAUUCUAUAAUUUCCGUAAACUAACCUUUCUUAGUUUUUUAAGUUUUGAGAAACAUUGCUUUGAUAUCAACCCAGCGUUUAAGUUACUGCCUGGACGCAGGGGAAGGAUAUGCGAGAUGAUCAAGCGCCAUUUUGUUAAUUGAAAUUUUGAAAUUUCGGCCGAAAAGUCGCAUAGGCAAAUAUUACACGAAGUACUAUACUUCUUUGCAAAUACAGUAUGUCUUUUCGAUGUGCUACAAUAUGACGCCUAAUUAUUUUAGGCCCGUUAGAUUAAGCAAGUUAUAUUAAGGUGUCGAUAUAACAUAAAUUGAAAGUGAGAAAUUUUAUUUAUGGUGAUAAUGUUUUUCUCGCCUCAUCGGUAUUGUUGGCCUCGUCAGAAUUAAUCUUCUUGCACCAUCACAAGCCAGUGUGUGAAAGUGGUCAUAACUGUAUUUCCAUCCGUGUUGCUUUGUCUUGUUCGACCGUCUGCCAGAAUGAGCCGUCUUUUUGUCUUUGUUGUUAUUCAUUCAAGUGUUAGCGACUGCGUUAUGAAUGUUAUUAAAAGGAAUAUUUCGGUUUCUAGCUCACCGGGUACCCGUAUUUAGUUGAUCAAUAAACUGCACAGGUAUCUGAGCGCGUAGCGACUCAACAGGACCGCUUUAACCUGUUCGAUGCCAUGGUUGAAAGAGUUCAUUUAAUUAGAUGUAAUGAAAUUUAUGCACUUCGUAUGUUAUGAUAUGGAGACUGUACUGAAAAAAGGAUCACAACUUUCAUUAUUGAUGCUUCGUCCAGGAAAAUUUUAAAACGGCAGGCAGAGGCAAUCGAGGCUCUUGAGUCGAACUUAGAAAAACCAAAGAUGACAAAUAUCGACAAUGUCAAGAAACCAACCAAGCAAAAGAUAAAUGAUGGCUUUACAUCACCGGUUUUACCCAACAAUCGAGUCUUACCAAACGGUCCAGAGAAAGGAAUGUUUGUUAAGAAGAAAAAAAUCAAACCGAAGCUUAAAAAGGAGAUCGAUUCGGUGAGACCUGUGAAACCGAAAGCAAAAAUCAGCAGAAGUGAUAGCUCAUCGUCAAGUAAUGAGGAGCCGGUCACAAAGAAACCGAAGCUAAACAACCAGAAGAAAUCAAAAACUGUGGACUCUCCCAAAAAGGAGGAAGAUGACCCACCGAUUUCAGAGGAACUUCGACGUAAAAUCGAGAUGGAUGACCCGGGUAUUGAUCUAAGCGUGUUCAAGCCAUUGGGCAAACGAAAAUGUGUGUUGGAGCUAGAGGAGCGUAAGGGGAAGACCUGGUACGAGGCUGAUGACGAUGCAAGCGAGGAAGAACUCCAAGAGGAUCAAUAUGCAAAGCCAGUGGAAUCAGGUUCUAAGAAGAAGAAACGCAAAAAACCCGAAGCACCCCCAGUCAUACCAGCUGAACCCCCGGUUGUAAACCCUGUACCUUUACCUCCAUACAAGUCAUACGUGUUUUCAACGGCGUUGGCAAAUCGCGGAGCAUACGAGGUAUUAAUUAAAGGCAAAUACAACACAAUUCUUGAAUACCACCAGGCACAAAAAUGGCCUAAACCAUACUUACAGCAUCGUAUACACUGCGAGCCGUUUGUACCGGAAGAACUGAAGACCGAGUCAAUUUUUAAUAGCCCGGAUAGCGGACCAGGUCAUAGUUUGAGUGAGGAUGAAGAGAAAAUGCUUAAAAAGGUUCCUAAAAAGAAACCACGAAAGAAAGUGCAAAGAAAAAUAUCAGAUGCUUCAAUUUCUGCAUCAACGUCUUCACCAGGGUCAGUAGCAACUAGGGAGUCUCUUGAACUGCGAUCUGAAAAAGAGAUUUAUUCAUCAGGGCGGGAUACCGGAAAUUCUGAUCAUGAAAGCUCUGGAUCUGAGCGUGAUCAUGACCCUUGGGCAAAGGACGUUUUUUCAUCCAAGCGUGAUAAGUCUCGUGUUGAUCGAAGUCAUAUCUUUAAGGACGAUUUAAAACGCGAGCAUACUAUGAAAGAGUGGAACAAGAUGCCGAAAUUCGGAAUGGAGACUCAGGAUUAUGACGAGUAUCAUAAAUAUUUGUACAAUAACAAUCGAAAAACAGGUCAUGAGCCGAAGACUUUUUCACCAUCAAAGAAAGCGAAUUAUUCUGCGCCUAAAAAGCUUCAGAACUCUAAAAUUCCAACCAAGGGGCAGAAAAAACAGAAUUUCUCCAAUCCUCGUCCCAGUCCUCUUAAUCAGCCAACUAAAGUUCAACUUAUCCCGGAUCAGUUGAGCGAAGAUGAUGAUGAUGAAGAGGAUGAAGAAGAAAGUGAAACAUCUGAGAACGAAGAAUUGAAUGGAGAUUGUGACAAGGAAGAGAAGGAGGACCAGUUUGUGCCAAGGACUCCCCCCGAGGCGGAAAUUGAAGAUGCUAAAUCUCCAACAGAACAGUUGAUGGAAAGGCAUAUUUCCCCGGCAGUAAGUAAAUUGCAGGCAGCAGAUACACAGAACAAAGAUACGGAGAAUGGGGUUCAGAAGGACCCAUCGCGAAGCACAUCUCCACCAAGUAGGCUAACACAACAAGCAGCAAGCGUUAUUUCGAACAAUAAGAGUACACCAGUGCCAUCACACAUUUCAACACCAUCCGAUGCCUUGUCAGGUAGCCCUAGAAAUUCACCUCAACUUUCUCCAUUCGCUUCUUAUCGCGGAAGACCAGCUACGUAUCCUGCAGAAAUAGUAAAUCUAAAAUCCGCAACAGUCUCUAGUCCACGCAGAUCAAUGGAGAAGGACAGAUACUCUGAUAUGGAGUCAGCCAGAGUCCCUGAGAACAAUAUGAGAUCGCCUGACGAUGUUAUUGAAAUCCCACACAACGAGGGCUCGAAUUCAAGCAUGCAUCGCCCACCAGUUGUGCCAUUAGGUAGCAGAGCAUCUCCACCACAACAGGCCCACCCAUCCAUGCCUGUCCCUGAUUCAAAGCGACCGAAACCAAAUCAUCUUCCUCAGAUGUCACCUCACCCUAACGAGGUGUCUUCAGUGAUUCAGAGGCCAAACCCUUCUCCAUCGUCGUCAGUGGAUAAUCUGUGUUCACCUGCUAUCCCAAUGCACCAGAUGCAGUCACCUUCAAUUCCACUGAAACCUCCUUCAAGCUCGCCCAUUGUGAUUCACGAUACAGUAAAUGGAAACAUGCGGUCUGUCUCUCCUACAUCACCUGCGUCUGUAAGCACAGCACCAAUUCAUUUUUCAUCAGGUGUGCACUCGGUGAUUUCACCAGUCAUCACGAAUCAUAUUCAUAAAUCUCCUCCUGUUUCAAGAAGUUCACCAGGUAUGCAGGGAGGUUCUAAUGCAGGCCUAAGUUGUGCUGUGCAACGUGCAAUCUCUCCUUCACAAACCAACAAUGCCCUUCAGAGGAUGCAGGCUAUACAUGCUAGCCAGGCCGAACACGCAAGCAUUCAAGCAGCUCUUUACCAACGCCACAGAAUUUCACAACUUCCAGCAAGCCUCAAAACAGGUGUACGUGGCACACCAUCGAUUUUAGAUGAUGCAAAAAGAAUACCAGCUAUGGUUUACAAUCAGCAACAAAGAACUUACCAACCAAUGCCACACUCUUUGCCCAAAGAGCUUAGUCAUCGUGCUUUCUCUCAGACUGCACAGGAGGCUGGGCAUACAUUCCAUGGUAUAUCUCCUCACAGCAGCCAGGAAACACCACGCAGCGUUCAUGCACCUCCUCAUGGUGUACCAGAUGCCCUCAAAUCCCAUUUAACAAUGGCUCGUAGCACUCCUGGGGAUUCCUCGCGUACACUUCUUAGCCUAGCUCAUAACAAUGAAGAACAGGCACGGACCUAUCUUGGAGUAUCUCAUGGUGUACCGGAGGCAGCCAGAUCUCACCAUGGUCUGCCUCGGGGGGCCCAAAGCUCUCCUCGAUCACACAUCAGCAUGCCAAAUCAUUCUCAAGAUGCCUCACGAACAAUUUUAGGCCUAACACAAAGUGCUCAAGAAGUCGCUAGAAACGUUCUGGGAAGCUCGCAUGUACCUCAAGAGUCCUCAUCUAGAGUGCACCACUCUGCUCCACACACUGGGCAGGAAUCCUCACGAUCACAUCACGGCUUGCCUAUAAACGCACAAGAGAUAUCUCGCUCUCACCAUCCAUUUGCGCACCCAAUGCAUGACCAGUCACGUUACCCCCCUGGCAUGGCACACCCGUUUCAUCAUGGUUUGAACAGAACUUUGCAUGAGUCACCACACACGCGUAGUUUACAUGAAGUCACGCACCCUGUCAGACCGGGGGUACAUGGACAUUCGUUUCAACAAGGUUUUAGGAGUCUGAACGAAAGCCCAGUGGGCAAACGACCGCCGACUCUUUCGCUUUUUCAGCAUGCUCACGGAAGGGAAUUCCCUUCACCUUCGACAGAUUCAAAAGCUUACCCAUCUCCACUCAUGGAGAGGGCAUUGACAGAACAACAAUCUCGGAUCUUAGAACACCAGCAACAGGUUAGAUUGAUGGAGCAACAACAGUCGAAAAAGUCGUUUUCAGUUGAAAGCCUAACUUCUUCUUCGGAUGCAAGUGAACGCUCAAAAGGCCAAUGUUUAAAUGGUCAGCCAAAUACCGCAUCUGCCUUAAGCAGAGCUGGUUACAGUGCAUCUCAAAGAAGUCAUAUGUUUGGACAUAUUCCAGGAUACCCACGUGGGCCUUCGUCAGACUUCUUGAAGCUGCCUGCCCACGUGCAGCAGAUGUACUCGGCUAGGGGUCUUAGUCCGUACAUGAAUUUCCCACAUUUCAAAGGUUAAACGAAUUUGGCAUUUAGGUUUGACAACAUUUAAGCAGCGGUUCUUUCGCAGUAGAAUUUGCUCUACGAUUAACUGGACAUUUUAUUUUAUGUAAAGUUGGCUAGAGGGUUUGAUUUUCAUUUUGCAGGUAGAGAGCGCCAUGCAGCCAAUGCUAAUCGUAACUUGUUUACACCCCCUCCCCACCACCCCCUAGCAACAGACAGCUACCCACCCAAGUAAGUUUAACUCUUAUGCUAAAAAACGUGCUGUUUCAGAGUUAAAGAAUUUUAGGCCUAACUCAUCUGAAAUCUUUCUGUGCGCAAAUUGGAACCAGUUCACUUGGGUCCUUUCUGAUUUGUUUAUUGCUAUUCGAGGGUAUGUUUUAGAGACAAAACAUAACAUAAAUUAAUCUUGAAAUGCGAAAUAAAAUCAACCUUGCCUCCGAUGUAAUCUACCCAUGAACAGAAGCCUACACAAACUCUUCCACAAACCCUAUCAGUCCAGACUAUUUUAUUUUUUCUUCUGUCCGUUGUUUUGCCGUAUAGCUGGCUGGAUGGUGCAGUAGAGCUUGUCUAAACGAUUGUAGUCGAGAUGGCAUAACCAGCUUUUCGUUGCCCGUAAAUUCCGCUUUGCUUUUAAUACUACCUGAAAAAUCAGCGCUGGGUGUGGUAAAUUACCCCCCUUUUGACCGUUACCCCUGUGUUGCGGUGAAAUCAGCGUCACCAUUAUUAGGAUGUCUAAAGCUGUUAUUUUUGUGCAGGUUUUACCUCGAAAUUCACGGAACCCUGAUAUCCAUCACUCACAUCUACUUUAAGUAAAAGAUGUGUCUCAAGUUCAAAUUUCUUAUUUUACACUAUCAAAAAUAUUCUGUCAAUGAAUCAUCUUUAAAAUAUGCUUGUUGCUAACCCCCCUCCUCCUUCCACCCCCUCCUCUCUCUCCCCCAUACCCCCUGUACGAACAGGACUUUGUAAUUACAACCUACCGUAAUACGUAAUUCGUACCAACAACAUUUACUUAAAUAAUUUCCUUAACAGUUUCCUCAAAACGUUGUCUAAUUGUUUUCUCAGAAUCUUUUUGGUGAAUGGUGGUCGUUUGUGUCGAUAGAAAAAGAACCCCACCCUUUGUAUGUGAUAUUGCCACCAAUUUGUGUUUACAUUUCGUUGAAGGGGGCUGGUUUCUUAAAUUCAAACCUUACCUAAAUUCGAACCUUAUCGCUUGCUUUAUCUAAGUAUCAAAUGUUGUUUUGGUCGACUCCAUCUAGGUUGCUCUCGAAACCCAAGCUUCGCCUUUUAAUGUUGUGCAAAGUUGUAUAAUGAACAUAACAAUGUGUGAAUAGAAUGCUAAUUGGUUUUAAACCAAUCGCAAACGAUUUGAUUGGAUAGUACAGGAACAAAAAGACUUGCGUUAGAUAAUUUUCUUUUGUAAUUCAAACAUUAUGUGGGAUAUACUAUUGUUCCUUGUAAAUAUCAGUUUUAUGAGACAGUUGCGAGUAAUUAUA